AUGUCAUCGAUUCACGUUAUUAUUCAUUUUCUGGCACCGAUAAAUAAAACUUUCACUUUUACAGAGCCUGAUAUUCUUGAACUCGGUCGCUUCUCCGGGAUUAUUCAAGAUCCAGCUAUAAGCAAGAAACAAGUUUGUUUUGAAAUAACAGAUGGUCGAGUUUACGCUACAUCCCUUGGGGCAAAUUGGAUGAUGAGAGGAACCGAAAAAAUUCGUAAGAAUAAUAAAAUAGAAAUUCAUGAUGGAAAUCAAGGUUUUCUACCUUCAUUUAAUAACGAUGGUGAUCGUGAGUAUGACGCAAUGGAAACACCAUCCCAACUUUUACGAGAGAUGAUUUCUUCACAAGGUGAUCUUGACACGAUACCAGAUGAUGAUCAUGAUAACAUACUUUACAAUGAUGACAGAGAAUCUAGUGAUAAUGGUGCUGACAUUCAUGAUAGCGAUAAUAGCGAUAGCAUUAAAAGCAUCGAAUCGGAUAAUGAGAUAAUCUCUUCAGAAUCUUCAUUUCUGGGAAGUUCAUGUGAAUCCUCCGAAUCUGUCAUAGACGAUUAG